AUGCGAUUCAAGCCCACUCUGGUACUGUUCAUGGGGGGUUUCCUCUGGAGCUGUAUAUAUUUCACAGACGCCGAGAAUUCUCUUCUCGUCAACAGCGCGCCGGCGUCAAACGUUAAACUUAUCGUAAACAAGAAUCGCCGUCUCAGGGGAGCGCAAAAUCAACAUGAAGAAGAGAGGGACGUUGGGAUAUCGAAUGUCUCUCAUUCAUCACAGACACCGGGUAAAUACAAGGCUCUAGUCAAGUUUCUAGUGGUGUACUGGAUGCUAGUUGCAGGCGUCUUUGGCGUUUUCAAGAUUAAGCAAAGGGGCUCCAGUGACAACGAACCUACAACAAGCUGCGCACACGGCCGUUCGCUUAGGAAGCGUGAUUACGACCCAGCAGAGCGAAGGAUAAGGUGCCUGUUUGAAUAA